CUCAGCCACAGAAGCAGGGAACCGUUGGAAUACAGCAGCAUUUUCAGUUCGAUAUUUGGAUGUAUAAAUGAAGGAUUUAGAAAUGAUUUCGACAGUAUAUCUGUGUCUGAAAGCAUGUUUAGUAAUGGAGCAGCGAAUAAACUUAAAACGGUGGCUGCAUUUUUUAUUGUUUAGCCUGUUUUUUGACAUUUCGUUUGGAGAAGUCCGUUACGUCCUUCCAGAGGAGAUGCAGCUGAGGUCGGUUAUUGGGAAUGUCGCGCGGGAUCUGGGGCUGGAAGUGAGGGAGCUUGAUGCUCGUCGCGCCCGGGUUGUUGCAGAAGGAACCAGCCAGCUGUGUGAACUGGACACUGCGUCGGGCAAUCUUUUGAUCAGCCAACGAAUAGAUCGAGAGGAGCUCUGCGCGCAAGCCAGUGUCUGCAUCAUACAGUAUCAGCUCUUACUUGAAGAUCCCCUACAAGCAUACAGCUUGGUGUUAGAUAUUGAAGACAUAAACGACAACAGCCCAGUGUUUGCUGCAAGGGAGAUAAAUUUAGAUUUAGUCGAAUCCACAGUUCUCGGGAGGCGCUUUCCGUUGGAGAGCGCGCAUGACCCCGAUUUGGGCACGAAUUCAGUCCGUGAAUAUAAACUGAGCCCAAAUGAUCAUUUUGCGCUGGAAAUGAGUACCCAAAUAAACGGCAAUGCUUAUCCGGAACUGGUUCUUAAAAAGGCUCUGGAUCGAGAGGCACAAGCUGAACAUGUACUGAAAAUCAAUGGAAUUGACGGGGGAAAUCCAGUCAGAUCAGGAACUGCCUCUAUCCAUAUCCGUGUUUUGGACGCCAAUGAUAAUGUCCCAGUUUUUAGCCAACGAGUUUACAAAGCCUCUGUGCCAGAGAACUCGGCCAUAGGGACUGUCAUAGCAACGCUGAAUGCCACAGACUUAGAUGAAGGGGUUUAUGGAGAGAUAACAUACUCUUUCAGUCACCUGUCAGACAAGAUGGGAGGAGUUGUUGAAAUGAAUCCUCUCAGCGGAGAAGUUCGGGUGGCAGGUGUCAUUGACUAUGAAGAGGCUAGUAAGCACGAGCUGGAUGUGCAAGCUAAAGAUGGCGGUGGUCAGGCCUCUCACUGUAAACUUAUAAUUGACGUUAUUGACGUAAAUGACAAUAAACCCGUGAUAGAAGUAAAGUCAGCUUCGGCUAACGUGGCCGAAGACUGUAGACCAGGAACUAUGGUGGCACUGAUUAAUAUUUAUGACCUGGACACUGGAAAUAGUGGGCGCGUCACGUGUACAAUUUCAGACCAUGUUCCAUUUAAAUUUGUAUCAGAGGUCAAAAACUAUUACAUGUUAGUGACUGAUGGAAUACUAGACAGAGAACUUCAACCAGAGUAUAACAUCACAGUUACUGCCACCGAUGGGGGCUCUCCCUCACUCUCCAGUGUCAAAGUUUUAACAAUCGUGGUUAAUGACAUAAAUGACAACCCCCCGACUUUUACGCAGAACGAGUUCAAUGCCAACAUCUUGGAAAACCAACCCGUUGGCACGUUUGUGAUGAAAGUGAAAGCGGAGGACGUUGAUGACGCAUCUAAUGCUAAACUACUGUACUAUAUAUCGAAGGACACAAACUCAGAAGUGUCCUCUUUCCUUACCAUCAACUCAGAAACAGGCGAGCUCUUCACAUCACGACUCUUCGAUUAUGAACAGUCAGUUCACUUCCAAAUCAAGGUGACAGCUCGAGACGGAGGGGAUCCUCCACUCUCCACUACCUGCACUGUAAACGUUUUUAUUAAGGACCAAAAUGACAAUGCACCUGUUAUCUUAUACCCUGUUCAAACCACCGGGUUCAUUGCUGAGGAUAUGGUGCCACUUGAAGCGCCGAGAGGUUACUUGGUUACUAAGGUGGUAGCUGUGGACGCUGACUCUGGCCAUAACGCUUGGCUUUCAUACAGAAUAAUUAAAGCAACGCGACAUGACCUGUUUAUAGUCGGUCUGCAUACAGGAGAAAUUAGGACUGUGCGACCAUUCAUGGAGGACGAUGAACCAAAACAAAGUGUUGUAGUUUUAGUGACGGAUAACGGACCCGAAUCUCUCUCUGCCACUGCCACAGUCAGCGUAGUAAUUGGUGACGGGCUGCCAGUUUUACACGAACUCUUUGAGUUUGCGGAUGAAUCACAAGCAAGCGAUAACUUAACACUCUAUUUGAUUGUCGCUCUGUUAACCGUUUCCUCUCUUUUCAUCCUUUUAAUCAGCGGAGUGUUUUAUUUCAAGCUCUGUCGGCGUGGUUAUGUUUACCGUUCAACCACUGAUAGUCUCCCGGUUUUCCCCACGACCUACUGCCCCUCCACUUUGACAGAUUUUAGCCGUUGUGGGACCCUGCUGAAAGAUGAGCGGUAUGACUCCUUCUUGACCACUGGUUCUUGGAGGGGUGAUUUUCGUUUCGGGACAAAUACAGACACUGACACAUUGAAAAAAAGGAGUGCAGCCUAUCAAAAAAACACUCUUAGGCGUACCAGUACAGACAGAUCUAGUCUGAAGGUGAGGGCAGGUCCACCGCAUCCUUGUUACGUAGUCACAUGAGAGUCGGCCAUGACAAGCCAAAGCGUACUGUAAAUAUGUUGCAAAAUACUCCCCGUGAAGUUUAUUAAGUGUGGACCUUCUGACUGUCACUGUUGUAAUUGCAUUAAUUGUUUUAAUCAGGUUGUAUGGAAUCACUGCAACAGUAUAUCUUGCGGUUAUGUAUGUUUAAAAUGUGAACAUUUUUCCAGUAUUUCUGCAUGACUAUGUUGUCAAUGCAAUGUGUAAUUUCCUUGGAGUUUUGAAUAUAAUCUCAACCUCAUCACCUAAGACCUGACCUUGAACAUAAACGGCAAUAUUAUCCCUGUAGAAAGUCUAUGUUGUGGGAUAUUUUCAGAAACAGUGUCAUAGUGGCAUAAAUAAACUAAUUGUGCUGGUUCUGUUUUGUUAGCAAUUGUUUGCAGAUUGCAGCAGAAAGUUACUUGUGUUUACUUUGGUCAGGCUUGUUUUGUUUGCCUGUCUCUCUUCUUCUUCUAAGUCACUAGUUAGUAUGUCUCUCUCUCUGCCAGUUUAUCUUUGUCUUUUUCAGAAUUGCUUGGUUAUAAUAUUUCAUUCUUUUCCGAUUUAUUAUCUACAAAUAUGUUUACUCUGUUACUUUAGUGUGAUGCCAAAUGUGAGGUCCUGCACUUUUACACUUUUAUUUAUUCUCUAUUUUUAACUUGGAAUACAAUUCUGCCACGUUUUGAUAAUGGUGUUAUGUUUUCAAAAAAAAAUGAUUAAAAAAGAAUAAAAAAAGACUGUAAUAAGAUAGUAAAA